AGCCACAUCCUAUCUUCCCAAACGGAGGUACACACAUAUCCAACAAAACGCACGCUAGCCCUAGAAUUCUCUUCUCUGCUCUCUCUCUCACUGUAUCGCACGAAGCCUCCAGUCGAAGAAACAACACAACCAUGGGUAAGGUUCACGGAUCGCUAGCUCGUGCCGGUAAGGUGAGAGGCCAAACUCCAAAAGUAGCCAAGCAGGACAAGAAGAAGAAGCCCCGCGGCCGUGCUCACAAGCGUAUGCAGUACAAUCGCCGCUUCGUCACCGCCGUUGUUGGCUUUGGAAAGAAGAGGGGACCCAACUCUUCUGAGAAGUAAGCUUAUUGUAAUGAGAAUUAAGCUCAAGACAUGUGUACUUAAUGAACAGCUGCAUUAUGUUGAUGGGUAUGGCGUUAUUUUGGCACAAUCAAGUGGAUUGGCCCCUCUUCUCUCUCCUCUUAUUCUAUAACGGGUUAAGCGAUUCACAUCUUAGCAAUUCAUGUGACAAUGAAUGAUUCACAUCUUAGGUUUUGUUUUGUUUUGUUUUGUUUUGCUUUUUUUUUUUUUUUUCUUUUUGUUUUUUUCCAUCCCCCAAACUUCUAUUUACCGUCCUUUUUUGUGAACAUGAUUGUAUUAUGGUUUAAAAAAAAUAAAAAUAAAUAAAGAGCUGAAAUUGUUUGAUCAAACAAGUGCAAAAGUGUUGGGGAUAUUUUCAUCAUUUUCAUUAUAAGAAAUAGUGUAAUGUA